GUGGCCCCAGAAUGUGAUGCCCAGCCCUUCUCGGCUCAAGACAAAGUAUCGUCACAGUGUUGUCUCUGCAGGGGCACACAUGCACGCAUUCAUCCCUCAUGCAGCUAUGAUGCGCGCUGUCUGUCUCAUUCUGCUCAUCCUCACAGGCAAGGCUUCCUCGACAAAAGUGUGCAGUUACAAGGAUGUUGUGGAUUACUUGAACCUGGCUACAGAUAACGAUGCCUUUAAGUUGACCCGACCUGUUCUGGACUACAGGCGUCCUACUGUGGUACAGUUGGACAUUAUUCUGUAUGCCAUUCUGGCUGUGGUUGAAAAGACACAAACCUUUGUUCCUUUCAUUUGGGUGACAGCGAUGUGGAAGGAUGAGCGUAUAUCAUGGGACCCUUCUCAGUUCUGUGGAAUAAAACAACUUUCAUUUCCACGAGACAUGCUCUGGACCCCAGAUCUCUUCAUCAAUGAGAUGGUAGAAAAGGAUAGUUCUCCUAUCAGUCCCUACGUCUUUGUGUCUUAUGAUGGGACGGUCAUGUCUGAGCAGGACAUGAAGGUGGUCAGCACCUGCCCAAUGGAUGUCCAUAAGUUCCCCUUUGACACACAGAAGUGCACCAUCACCAUUGGUUCUGGUAUACACUCUGUUAAUGAAAUGAUGCUCAGCCCUUCAUCCAACUCAUCUCGGGCCACACAGUUUUCCAAAGAACUGAUGAAAACCCAAGCAGAGUGGGAUUUUGUUCGCCUGUCAGUUGCCAGUAGAAAUAUGUCCUAUAAUGGACAGCAGUGGGACCAGCUAACAUACACUUUUACCGUAAAAAGGAGGCCCCUUCUGUACGUCAUUAACUUCUUGUUACCGAUCCUGUUCUUCCUGAGUCUGGACUUGGCAUCCUUCUUCAUCUUGGAUCAUCGAGGAGAGAAGCUGGGUUUUAAGGUUACCAUACUGCUGGGUAUUUCUGUGCUGAUGCUCAUCUUAAACGACAUUCUGCCCUCAAUGUCCAACAACACCCCACUCAUAGCAACCUACUGCAUUGUGAUUUUUGCCUUGAUGCUGAUGAGUCUCUUGGAGACUAUUUUAGUUACGUAUCUGACAGACAAAGACUGCAUGUCCUGGGAAAGGCAAAGGUGGAAAAACAACAGGGAGGAGAAAGAGGAAAACCCUGAAAUCCACAGCUGUAACACCGAGGAGAAAAGUGACUGUGUGUAUAUCUGCCAUGGGUACAACACUGACAGACCACACGAGCACUUAUCUGUGACUGAGGAGGUGAACAACAGCGUGCAGUCUGCAGAGGUUCACGUGUUACUGCUGAUCCUGGAGCAGUUAAAGCAGCAGCAGAAAACUCUGAGGCUGCUCGCGAGCAGCAAAGAGGGACCUCGGAAACCUGCCUGCUGGGUCACGAGGAUCAACAAAGUGUUCUACCUUUCUUACGCCAUCGCCGUCUCACUUUUUCUAGUCCUUCUCUACUUGGGAUGGACCGUAUAACAUUGUCAUACAACACUGCUAGAUUUAUUCCCCUUCAGGCCUCAUUAUUUUAAUGGUGCAAGCACUAUGGCAACCAUGUAUUCCCAGGCAGCUUCUCCAUGGAUCUGUUUGAUAGGCUCACACAGCUUCACGAUGCUUAUGCAGGCUAGCUCAACUGGAAACAGUGGAUGUGCUCAGUAAACGUGUUCUGAGACGCUCACAUGCUUGUCUCAUUGGUUUUUGACUGGUGCACCAAUCACAGUGAAGCAUGAUGAAAAUGUUUCUCCAAGUUUAGAGAUGCUCCUGUAAAACGUGGCCUGUAUGGUGCAGAGUGGCAUUGUGGCAAUGGCAGACCAUCC